AUGGACCAGGUAAACCGGAAGCGCAAGGCCACCACCGAGGCGGCCGACGAGGAACGACGCAAGCGGCUUCGCCGCAUCGACCCCUUCCGGUCGCUGUCCCCCCUGCCCGCCACCACCACCACAACCACCGCCAUCCUACGUGGUUCGCUGAUGAAGCGUAAGAAGAAGACGCCGACGCCCCAGACAGCCCCUUUGCCUGUCCUCUUUCUCAACUUGCCGGCGGCCAAUGCGGCCAAUCAGAUAACGGCCACGUGCCACUCAAGCCACAGCAAGAGCACGCUUCUCGCGUGCAAGACCCUGCUCGAGCACAACCACCAGCAUGGCAACACCGCCAUGCCGGACCAGAAGGUCCUCAAGAACUGGCUGGAGGCCAACAAGAGAGACUUCGUCAAGGCUCGACGCGCAAAGAGAGCCACCCGACAGGACGCCCAGCGCGUCCAGACAUCGCCCCGACCCGCCACCGCUGAUGUCGUCGCCCCGUUGCCCGCUGCCGCCCACCCCGCAGUCCGGCCCGUCCUCCGCCAGCAGCAGCCCGCCCCGGUCCCCAACGGGGGCAUCCUCCCGGGUGUCCGCCGCAGCUACCGCCGACUCUGCCAUGGCAUCACCACCGGCCUGGAGAAGCUCGGCCGUGGCCUCUACCCGGCCGCAGACAUCGAAGACGCCCAUCUGAGAGCCACGCAGGAGCAGCACGAAGCUGCUGAGCUCGCUGCUCAGCUGGAGCGCCAGCAUGAGCAAGUCACCCCUGCCGAGACGCAGAAAGACGAGAACGAAGACGACGAGGACGAAGAUGACGAAGAUGACGACUACAUCCACCGCUCCGACGACGACGAUGACGAAGAGCCCGCCCGCACGCCUGCUCUGGUCGGCCUCGCCCUCUCCCCUUCCGCCAUCACCCCCAUCGCCACCAGAACCAUCCGAGCCAUCGCGCCGCCCCUUGACCCGCGCUUCUUCCAUCCCGACGGCAGGCUCCAGGGCAUCUACAAGUACCUGACCGCGCAGAUCCCGCUGCCUCGGCAGUGGGUGGCAUGGGCCCAGCGCAACGGCAUCACCUACGUGCACGGCCGCGGCGACAUCAUCGCGCCGGGCGUCUACGUAGCCGACGACACGUUCGACUACGACGCGUUGCACCAAGCGAUCCAUGGCGGAACCUACCGCACGGGAAGACGCGAGAUCGUCAGAUCCAUGCGAGACCACCAGACUCACGACCUAGAGCUGGACGCAUUCCCGGCCGUCGCCACUGAGACUGCGCCCGAUGCAGUCGCUCCUGCUCCCACUCCCGCCGACUCGCCGAGCGCCGCGUCGUCUUCGCCGAUGCAGGCUGGCACCGCAGAGCAGACCCCGGAACCACAGCCGACCGGGCGGUUCACCAUGUACGAGUCGCCGCUGUCUUCGUCCUCAGCCGGCAGCCUCUCCCCAAUUUCGUCUCCGGCCCUGUGCACGCCCGACGCCGCCGCCGUCAACAGCCCCUUGCUGCCCCGCCUUCACCAGCAGCAGGAGCAGGAGCAGCAGACCCCAGCACGACCGACCGGACUGUUCACCAUGUACGAGUCGCCGCUGUCUUCAUCCUCGGCCGGCAGCCUCUCCCCGUUUUCGUCUCUGGUUCUGUCCACGCCCGACGCCGUCAACACGCCCUUGCUGCCCCGCCUUCACCAGCAGCAGCAGCAGCAGGAGCAGGAGCAGCAGACGCCCGGCUCAUUCGGGCUACCGAGCCACUUCUACGACGCAAGCUCCGAGUCCGAGUCCAAUCCCGAGGCAGCCGACACGCCCUCGAAGCCGCCGCCGCAUAAGAAGCAGCAGCCGCAGCAGCAGCCGAAGCGCCCCUCCGCCAACUUCCUUGCGCGGUCGCGCGCCGAGCUGCGACGCAGCAUGCGCAUCGCCGGCGAGGAGAAGGACCUGCCUUCGCCGACCGAGGCUGCCGCGACCCCUCACCACCACUAA